GGCUCUACGUAUCUACCUCUGACGCGCCCCACCUACCUAGAUAGGUACGCAUUCCUCGAUCAGUUGGCUACCGGAUUCGUCUCUACGUCCGCCGCAGUAUGGGAGGACCAUGAAGGCUACGUUCAUUUUCGCUUCCAAAGCAGUCAAAGCCUCGGGUCUCACUAAAGGACUGCGUCGCGUGGGAAAAACUGAUCGGAUUGACAUCAAAAGCCCUGGUCUUUGUGAUGAUAUCAUCACGUACUUUGGCCCCUCGCUAGAACAGUACAAGAACUGCGACAUCAUCGAUGCCAAUCCUGGUGACGGUCUUUGGUCUUCCAAGAUUCACGAGUUUCUCAAACCACGGAGACAUGUCUUACUAGAAUCGGAGAAGCAAUACACUCCUUUCUUAAAACCGUUACUAGACGCACCUGGUUCUAAAUAUGUCCACGUGCCGUACAACGGCAGUGCGCCACGAUCUUUCGUUGAUGUGUUCCAAGAAGGUCACCUUCCAAAUCAGGUGCCACUCAACGGGGACGAUCCGCGGAUAAACCAGCCAAACACCACGUUGCUUGUGCUCCUCAAUCUCACCAAAAAGAAUGCGAAGAGUCCAAGAACUUCUUACUUUCUCAAUCGCCACCUACUGAACACCUUACAAACCAAUGCGUGGAGCCAUACCGGCAUACACCAAUAUGGCUUGAUAAGGAUGCUGGUAUGGUGUGAUGAUUACACGAAGGAACGUUUAAUACCUAAAGACCUAAGUGGAGAUUCAUUCAGCCUAUCAUUCCAGCACACCACGGAUACUCAUCUCAUCGCCGAAAGGUAUCCGCCUGAAUUAUCGCGCCAUGGUACCGACUUGGAUCUUGCGAGUGCAGUUCGGGCCGCUGAAAGCAUGCGUCGCCUAGGCAUGAAGCUCCCGCAAAAUAGGAGCAAUUUCCUCCAUCACGCAGCAUUGGAUCUGCUGUCAACUGAAAGUAACGAUGCUUUCAAGCGUUACCAGGACGUCGAGAACGAGCUCCGCUCGCGUUUCAUCGAAAAACGGGAUGCCCUCGAAGAACUCGAAGCGCUUGAGGCCGAAUUUAAAGCUGGGACUCUUACUAUGCCACAAACUGCCCCUAAUACUAAACAGCUGAUCCAAGAUCCAAGAUGGGGGCGAUUGGAAAGCCUUCGAAAUGCUGCAUCGUCUGCGCUUCACAAUAAAAGAAUGAACCACAGAUCAUGGGAACCUACACUCGCCAUAGGGGAACGAAUGCUUUCAUUGGAGCGCUUGAUCAUCGAUGAAAGCAAAUCUGAUGCAGAGCGGCUUGCUGCGAAACAAGAGUGGGAAAAUACCAAAAAGAAGUUCAGGAAUACCUGGAGGAAACUUGGUACUACCCGCCGCCGACAAGCGUUGCUCGCUUUUGACCAACGUAAAGCUUUCUAUUGGCUCGAGCGGCCCUUACUCAUGUGGGACCGUAGGCCAUUUGAACCGCUCGCGACUAGAAAGAAUGAGUUUCACCCACAAACAGAUAUGGCCCUCCUGGAUAUCAACCCAAAGCCCGCACCAGGUGAGAGAUCGGAACGAGACAGCCUCUAUUGGCAACGCUUCGCCAUGAAGCUGAGUAGCCGCACUACAUCCAGCAUCAAAGCAGCGUUGAACGACAUUUAUCUCGGCGCUGCGGAUGCUUUGCUACCGGAAAUAGGAUUGGUCCACGAUCCGAAGCAAGGCGGUUCUAUUGACAUCGAGGAAGUGCGAGUGCGAAAUUUGACGCCUGAAAUGGUGGAAGAAAUUGUCGACGCCUAUCGCCGCUGGAUCUUUCGUCCGGAUGCUAUAGAAGUGCAGCUUACAGAAGAUCGACUGAACUGGGAAGAUCUCGCCAAUUCGAGCUCGGCCAAGCAGGUGUUCUUUUAGCAGCUUCGGGUCUCAAGGAUGAUCAGAAUCCUGUUCAAUUGACCUUGCAGACAAAACAAUGCGGCUACUGGAGCUCAACCUUAGCGGCC